UCAUUAUCUUGAAGUACAAAAAUUUCAUCCAUGGCUAACAGCUUUCUCCAAUUUUCAGCUUUUCUCUAAAAAGAGUCCUACAAAGAGACAAUCAGGCCGCAAGAAUCUUUUGACUCUGGAUGCUGCCAAGCACAGCUGCCUAAGCAAAAUAGCAAAUUUCCAUAUAGCAAUCGCAACUUGCAAGCCUAGAGCCUACGAUCAGUCUUGACUACCUUCAGGAUCAGAAGAAUGAAGUCAACCACGAAAUUAACCUGCUUCUUGCAGCUCCUUGUCCUCUUUUUCCUCCGCCAAUCUUCGGUCUCAUCGCCAUUCACCACCGCUAAUUCAAGCUCUACAUUUCCCAGUGAAGCUCUCCCAACCAAAUCCGGCUACCUACCCAUCAACUCCAACACCAAUUCGGCCAUUUUCUACACCUUCUAUGAAGCACAAGACCCAUUCUUACCUCUCUCCCAAACCCCACUUCUCAUCUGGCUCCAGGGUGGCCCUGGUUGCUCCUCCAUGAUAGGCAACUUCCUUGAGCUAGGUCCGUAUCGUGUAGUUGAUACUCAGAGUGAAAACAUCCAACACCUUUCUCUUGAACGCAAUAUAGGCUCUUGGAACCGCAUUUUUGGCCUUAUUUUCCUUGAUAAUCCAAUUGGAGUUGGGUUUAGUAUCGCUGCUACACCCGAAGAGAUACCCAGAGAUCAACACACUGUUGCUAAGCAUCUCUUUGCUGCGAUCACUGGGUUUAUUGGUUUGGACCCAGAUUUCAAGAAUCGUCCACUUUAUAUCACUGGUGAGAGUUAUGCAGGUAAGUAUGUUCCUGCAAUUGGGUAUUACAUUUUGAAGCAGAAUAUGAGGUUGCCAGAGGCACAGCGAGUGAACUUGAAAGGUGUGGCUAUAGGUAAUGGGUUAACGGAUCCAGUGACGCAAGUGAAAACUCAUGCUGUCAAUGCAUAUUUUUCUGGUUUGAUCAAUGAGAGGCAAAAGGGUGAAUUGGAGGAAGCUCAACGAAAGGCAGUUGAGUUUGUUAAAAUGGGAAAUUGGAGUGAGGCAACAAAUGCAAGGCUUAAGACCUUGGAUUUGCUGCAAAACAUGACAGGGUUGGCCACCUUGUAUGACUUCUCGAAGAAGGUUCCUUAUAAAACGAGGUUAGUCACCAAAUUCCUGCAAUCAGUGGAGGUGAAGAAGAAAUUAGGUGCAAAAGAAUCUAUAGUUUUCGAUGAAUGCAGUGAUGUGGUGGGGAAUGCACUGCUAGAGGAUGUGAUGAAGAGUGUGAAGUAUAUGGUGGAAUUGUUGGUGAAGAAGAGCAAGGUAUUGUUGUAUCAAGGGCAUUUUGACUUGAGAGAUGGUGUGGUUUCCACUGAGGCUUGGGUGAAGACAAUGAAAUGGGAGGGAAUAGAGAGGUUUCUGAUGGCGGAGAGAAAAGUGUGGAAAGUGAAUGGAGAGCUUGCUGGGUAUGUGCAGAAAUGGGGAAGCUUGAGCCAUGCUGUGGUACUAGGAGCAGGUCAUCUUGUGCCUACUGAUCAGGCAUUAAAUUCUCAGGCCAUGAUAGAGGAUUGGGUUAUGGAUAAGGGUGUCUUUGCUUGCGGGAAAAAGGGGGUUCCGCAUCAGACUCCAUGGAGUCAUCCUGAAAUUUAUAGCCCUUGAUGUUGGUGGAUAGAUCUGAAAUUUUUAACUCAUGUUGUUGUGGUAUUUUUAAGUGAUAAAAGAUCUAAUGUCCUACUAGUAUAUUUCAUAAAUAAGACCACGUUGUGCUUGUUAUUUCA